CAAUACAUCUACAACAUUUAAAGACAGAAUACGGGUAUGUAAAUUUAACCAUAAUUUCUUUGAGUUCAUUGAUUAUUUAAAUGUUUUUUAACUUAUUUAUUCUUGUGACAUACAGGCUCUUCAUCACAUAACCACUGUAUGUCCAGUCUCAUAUGUAAACUUUUGUCUAUUCACAGUCUUGUCAGGCCGGCAAAGAUGGAAGCAAAGCUCCGAGUAAUAAUUGAUAACCAAACUGAGAAGUUGCUUCUUCCAUCAGGAAUCCCAUCCACUGUGGUGGAGCUGCAAACUGUUGUGAAGGAGACCUUUGGAAUUCCUGUUGAGUUUAGUCUCCAGUAUUUGGAUUCUGAGUUUGAAGAUUUAUUUACCCUCCAUGAAAGUGGCCAAAUCAAACACACGGACACCAUAAAGGUUGUUAAGGCUGCCCCGAUUCUUCUUAACCUUACACUUGAAGAACCUUUGGACAGUUCCUUUGGUCAACAAUCAACUGACUGUGAGUCUACAUCUUAUCCAGAGUCAGUUGCAUCAAGUGCAGAGUCAUCUGCUGGAUCGGUGGCUUCACAGGAUACUGUUAUCCUGCCUAAGAAGUACCACAGAAAGAUGCCAACCAUGGCCAAAGGAGUUCCCUAUUCCACAGUUUGCAUAUGAAACUGAGAUGUGCCUUGAAAGAGCCGCUGAAGACUAUCAGAAGAAUGGAACACUUCUGAAUGCUUCAAAGGUUAAGGCAGAAGCUGUCUGAAACUAUAUAUAUAUAUAUACAGCGUAUCCAUCAGGUGCACAGAUCAGUGACGUUGCUGAGGCACUUUGCAAGAAGUAUCCAUUUCUCAAAGAACCCGGCUCCUUCUCAGGUUUCUAUGGCUGGCAACAAAGCUUGAAGUACAAGAUGGCAAAUUAUUGCACCAAACUCCGAGGCUUUGGUGUUCCUGAAGUGAUGUGCAAUGCACACAAACGCAAAAGCCCUGCGGACCAGAAGUCUGCAAAGAGUGUAAAAAAGCCUAGAAAGGCAGAGGUUAACUACCUCCCCCCUUCCCCGGCAGGAGAGAAUGAAGAAAGUCAAGAACAAGAGAGGAUUCAGCUGCUUACUGAAGUGAGAAAAAGGGACAACAACGAAGUGAUAAAAGAAAAAAUGGGCAAAACAUUUGCACACAGAAGAAAUGAAAUUGUCUACCAGUCAUCCAGCAUAGAGGACAUCAAAAUCAGAUGGCCCGCUCUAUUUGAGGCAUCUCAAAUCCAGGAUGAGUUUUACAGAAUCACAAUGGUGCACCUUGAAUCAAAGUUCAUGUCCAAGCUAGAUGAAUACACUCCCAGGCUUCUGAAUCUCUUCCACGCCAAAGGUGGAACCAUGGGGUUGAGGUUGCAGGCCAUCCUACUCAAGGCUCCAACCAAUCCUAGCACUAACUUGACCAGAGAUGGUGUCAUUCGGUGUUUGAUGGUGUACCUUGGGGAAUCUUUAGAUCAUCUCCUAAAACAGUAUGAUGAUGGUGAUGAAGACAGUGUGUCACAGGACCUUACUGCACAAAGGAUGAAAAUCUACAGCAUCAAGACUAAUACAUCAGAUGGUCCAGACGACGUUGGUAUCGUGGUAGAGGGCAUGAAAGUUCUGACUGCUCUGGGUAACCUUCCAAGGGCUUGCUCCAUGCUCCUUGGUUUGACGUAUGCAGUAAAACUGGCCUAUCCCAAGGAGCUCAGAUAUACAUUUGAAGUUUUCCAGAAACUCCUCCUCGAGCUGGACUGUUCAAAGCUGUCCCCAAAAGUGAACAGCCUCAAGAACAAACUGCUAGCUUAAGAAAAUGGGCCCUUGCAAAAUGAAAAGGAAUUGUUAAGUCUGAUACAUGGUUACCUUCAAAUGCUUGAGUUGUUUGCAAGCGGUUGUUCAG